UUGUUUUUUACGAUAAAAUAACGUUUUGUGAAUACCAAAAGUAGUAGGUGUCCUUGUUUAUAUAUAAAAAAUUGGAACAGAUGAAGAGAGACAUUUCCAGAAAAGCUACUGGAUGGAGCAUUCAAGUGAUUUGACUGUUGAAGCUAUGAUGCUUGACUCUAAAGCUUCCGAUCUCGACAAAGAAGAGCGUCCUGAGGAGGUACUCUCUUUAGUCCCACCAUAUGAAGGCAAGUCUGUGCUGGAACUUGGAGCUGGUAUUGGUCGUUUCACUGUUGAAUUGGCUCAGAAGGCUGGUGAAGUUAUAGCCGUUGACUUCAUCGAAAGCGACAUUCAGAAGAAUGAAAGUAUUAAUGGGCAUUACAAGAAGGUCAAGUUUAUGUGUGCUGAUGUAACAUCUCCAGACUUGAAAAUCGCAGAUGGAUCUAUUGACUUGAUUUUCUCAAAUUGGUUGCUCAUGUAUCUCUCUGAUAAAGAGGUGGAACUAAUGGCAGAGAGAAUGCUUAAAUGGGUAAAGCCAGGGGGCUACAUUUUCUUCAGAGAGUCUUGCUUCCAUCAAUCUAGGUACAGAAAGCGCGAAUCAUACCCCACCCACAACCGUGAACCAAGAUUCUAUAAUAAGGUUUUCAAAGAAUGUCAGACACGUGAUGCUUCUGGAAAAUCAUUUGAGCUCUCUAUGGUUGGCUGCAAAAGCAUUGGGGCUUAUGUGAAGAACAAGAAGAAUCAGAUUUACUGGAUAUGGCAAAAAGUUAGCUUGGAGAAGGACAAGGACGUCCAGCGUUUCUAUGUGCUCUACAGAAAAAUGAUAAGAGUCAAUUAAUGUCCAGAUCAGAGAAGGCUCGGCCAUUGCGCCAUUACCGUAAUCUCCACAGGCCAGUUUCUUCUUGUUGGGGGGAAUGAGUGUAAUUCCAAG